CGCCACCAUCAUGGAAACGAUCCAGCGCCACACAAUGGCGGAGUGUGCCAUGGCUUCCUUCUUAAAUGGUCAGUACUACCAGUCCGUUUGUUGCACGGCCGCACUGGUCUACAUGGGAGAGCAACUGCGCAGCCACGAGCGCCAUCUGAUGUGCGACAUCUUUUUGGGUAUCAUCAAUAAAUUCAUUAUCGAGAAGAUAGAAUUGGAGAAGCAGUUGGAGGCUAAACGCCAGGCCCUACAGCAGAUAAGCGAACCGACUGAGGAGCAAAAACAAGUUGUGGAGGCCGCCAAGGAGGGGAUCAAUAUCCUGCUAUGGCAUUUAACGAUGUACAUCAGCGAAAUGUUGGUCAUCACAAUUGAGGCACUAAACUAUUUCACCACUGAUGACCACGAGCCAAAAGUGUUCCUUUACCGCUUGAUGGGCGAGUGCCUGGGGAUCAUGUGCCAAUUGGUGAACACCGAUGAUGAUGUGGUCAAUACGGCGGCCUCCAUUGCCUAUGCCUUUGGGAUGGUGUACGGCUUCCAUCUACCACCGACCCACCCCUCCAACCUGGAUAACAUCAUCUCCUAUUGCAUAUUUUCGGUGCGCAAUUUGCGGAACCUCGAUGCGGCCAUUGUUCUGGCCUCUUAUGCCAUAUCCACCUGCACAGAGGAGUUGAUCCUUGAGUCCACACACGUGCAGGCCACAAGACACCGCCUCCACUUACUUCAAAUGUGUCUGGAUGUGUGGACUACCAUAAGGGAAACCAUGAAUAGCGACAGCAACACCAAUGAAAAUGCUGCCUCUGAAGCCCCGAAUGCAACUGCAUAAGCCCAUGGAUCAGUAUCACCCUUCAUUCACUCGGGAAUCUAGAAAGUAGCAGGACACAGCACACUCGCUCCUCCUACACACACAAACUAUACACAUUUUGACCUAAACCUAAAACACUACCAAUGUUGCAAGAACUGAAGAACUCUUUUCCAAUGCAAGUCAUUUGAGAGUACAAAGAACACAUAAGUGAUAGAAUUAAAAAGAGGACUACAUAUCAACCAAGGGACAACAAUUAUUAGCUCACUUCUCAGUAUGAUUGCCUAAAGCAGAAAUCUACAAACAUAUAAUCAAAGGAUUAUAAUAUAAUCUUAUACGCUCCUCACACGGAAAAUACAUAAACAACAAGUAGUUCCUAAAGGAAGAAAAUUCCAACUAACUUUCAAGAAAAUUAGUAGAACUCUGAACCUCUGUUAUAUGCGGAAGAACCGCCGGAAUUCCAAUUUGAAAUGGGAAUUUAAUUGAUACUUAUGUUUUGUAUACGCCUAUCAAAUAUCAUAGCUAGUAGCAUUGAAAUAUAAGCGUUAAAUUAGUUCAUAAAAGAGAGAAUGAGACCCCCAUUCGGAAAGAAUACAACUGAGUAGAACUCAGACCCUAUUUUUUGUUUGUGCGGAAGAACCACUGAAUAAUAGUCGUUUAUUUUAAUGAUAAUCAACUUGGUUUGGAGAUGGA